AACUUUAUUUUUAUAAAAUAAUAUAAUUCAAAACGAAGAAGUCUGUGUAGGUAACGAGAAUAGAGAAAAACAUGUGGUUUUGUCCAAACCACGCCACUCCCUUUGAGAAGGUUCUCGUUCCCUCCGUCUCCGCCACCUCAUGGAGGCGGAGCCACGGCGUCUCCGCCACCGCCAACCAAAAAGGUGGGAAAUUGGGGCACACCCUUCUGGGCGUUAUCCGUUCCAAUUCGACUCCAAUUCCGAAACUAGCAGAACAAGAAGGAGAGAUCAGUGGGUCAGAUGUACUUUGGGCACUGCAGAGAGCGAGUGCUCGGAAGAAGAAGAACAGGAAGAAUAAGAAAGAGCAUCGGAGGGACGAAUCCUCUGUGGCCUCUCUCACCGAACAAUCUGCUGCUAAUUACACCAACAUUCGUCCACUCUCCAUAAAUGCAAAUUGGGCUGCUAAAUUGGAGGACUUGGAUAAACGUCUUCGUGAGCUUUCUGAUACAAUUUGAUUUCACUGUUAUUAUUUACAUCAAGAUAUAUAUUUUUUUCCUCUGAUAAUAAUUUAACAUAGUUUGCUUUUAAAUUGUUGCUUAAUUUUGGGUCACCUGAACGUGGUAUGCGUGCUUUUGCUUGAAGAGUGGAACUUUGGUUUUCAGUAUUAUACUAAAUGGAUGGAGUAGCUAUGAAUUAGCAACUUAGGAAGAAUAUUAUUUUGGAAUUUUUAAUUUUUAUGAUAAAGGCUAAAGAUGAUUAGGUUUGGAUUUGAUUCUU